GGAUAACCACACUCGAGCUAUCCGUACAGUAGAUUCAACCCCGGCUGAGCCCCGUUCCGUCGUCUUGCUGAACUUUGAGGCAAGCUGGAUUCGAAAACUACAGGACUGUUCAUUAUCAUAUGCCAAGACACGCCGGGCUUGCCAGGUCAAUGAACAUCCAUCGAAGCAAGCAGCCUACUAUUUACCUAGAUCCCCAACUCACACCUGACUUUCGCAACCCAUCGCACCAACCAACUCUACAUCUGAUCGUCCAACACAACAACCGAGUACUCACUCACAACCUAACUUACCGAAAAUCCCCUUUUCUCAAACCAAACAACAAACCCAGCAAGAAUGGACAUAGCAACCCAACUCCAAACCUCCCUCCGCUCAACCUCCAACCCGGUCCCCUCCCUGACCUGGCUCCAGACGCUAGCAACAGCCCGAAGCCCAGCCCCACCACUAGCCUCCCUCCUAGCCACGGCCCGGACCCGCCUGCUAGCUUCAGACUUGACCACUCCGGGCCUGCUGGACACCGAGUACAUGGCGGCGCACAGCCUGGCGCCCAACACGGCCCAGACGCUAGCCACGUCGCGCGAGACACGGCUGGGCCGGGAGGUGGUGGUGCAGGUGCUGGACAUCGAGGACGUGAGCCGGUCGCGGUGGGAGGAGGUGGAGAGGCUCGAGGCCGUGGCGCGCGGGGAAGGGACGAGGGGGAGGGAGGUGAUUCGGGUGAUGAAUUCUUCUUCUUCUGCUGGUGGGGAUGGGAAUGGUGGAGGGGAAGACGGUGAUGAGACGGGUCCAGGCGAUGGGGGAGGAGGUCAACAGCAACAGCAAAGAGAGGCAGGGCCGCCAAGGAAUGUCACGCAUAAACUGGUCGUGCAAGACUGCAAGGGCCAGAAGGUGCAUGCGAUCGAGCUGAAGCGGGUGGACAAGCUUGGCGUGGGCACGACACUGAUCGGGGAGAAGGUUCUGCUGCGGGCUGGGACAGUUGUGGCCAGGGGCGUAGUGCUGCUUGAUCCGGCGCAGUGUGUUGUGCUAGGGGGGAAAGUGGAAGCAUGGCACCGGGCCUGGGUAGAUGGACGGCUGGCGAGGCUGAGGGAGGCUGUUGGCGCCGAGAGGAGGGAGUAA